AUGGAUCAAACUGGCGAAGCUUUACUAAAAAUAAUCGAUUCGCCGGAUUUCGAUGUUUUCACGUGCAUUGAUUAUUUGCGUCGCUACCUGUCCGAGAUCGGAAUAUACUACUACCUCACUCGAAAGCUUAGAACAUAUAAAUAUGAUGACUUAGAGUUUUUGAUUCCUCAAUUGAUUCAGCUUCUAGUCUCCUUUGAGACAAACUCGAUGGCGCUUGAAGAUUUCCUAUUGGAGUAUAGUGAAAAAUACCCGCAUUUCAGUUUAAUAGUUUUCUGGAAUCUUCAAGCUUUUGUUUUUGAACUUAAGGACAACCCGAAUUCCUAUUCAUUUCAGAUUGUGAGAAAUAUGGUUAACAAGUUACAGGAUAUACUAUUCAAUCCCUUCAAGCCCUCAACUCUGAAUGAUUUCCGUGAAAAUUUGCAUCCGGCAUUAGUUUUGUGUGGUGCAGUUGCAGCUUCACUUGGGAUGCCCCAGAUUCAUGACUUCAUAAAGCCUCUUAUUGAAUCCCAAGCAAAGCAACAAAAAUCAUUUGUGUUCAAACUAGCCAACUUUCAGAAAACUUUGACAAAAAAUCUAACCUUAAAAAAUCAGAAACUUUCGAAGGAAUCUAGAGUGGCUCAUUCUGAUGACGAAAAGCCUAUUGUAAAAGCCAAAGCUUCGACAGAACAACAACGCUAUUCUGAAUCUUAUGCCCGUUCAAAACGUGUAUCUUCCCAAACAUUGACUUCUGAUGAAUCUGAAAUCUACACCAGUGAUGAAGAUGAACCAAUUUUUCAUACUGUAAAACGACAAUCACUGAGAUUGCGGUCCAUGCAGAGUAUGGACAAUAUGUCAUUUAUCCAAAAUAUAGAGGAGAAACUUGACGUGACUUCCGUUAUAAAGAAAAGCCAAAGGAAGGAGGCACAGCAGCAUCACUUGUCACAUUCCAUGCCUGAUCUUGGUGCAACGCAGGAAGUUGUUGAUGUGCGUCCUUCGUUAACGCCAUCUGGAUCAGAGAUAUCGCUUGCCAACUUGAACUUGAUUAGACAUAAGACUCCUCCGUCUCCAGUUGUUGCAACACCUGUCGACCCUCAUAGAUGGUUAAAGGCUAACUAUUCUAGAAAUGUGACGAAAUUUAUACUUGCUUUGCAAAACAUAUCUCUCCGAUUGUCCCAAUUGCCGAAGGAAGCUAGACUUUCUGCGCUCAGAGCUGAGUUAUCUAUUGUGAACAAAACGAUACUUCCAGCAGAAAUCGAUAUACCACAACUUCUCCCUAUUACAAGCACUCGCAACAAAAAGUAUCAUAAAAUUCUCAAGUUAAGUGUCAAUGAAGCAUUUGUUCUUAAUUCUGCCGAAAGAGUUCCAUUUCUCAUGUUUGUGGAAUUUUUGAGCGACGAAAUUGAUUUCGACCCGACAACUGCUGAGAACAGAAGGCUUCUUCAAAGCAGUUCAGGUUCCGCUGACAAAGCCUCAACUUUGGAGGCAGAAUCUGCAGUCGAUGAAACGCAAGACUAUAAUGACGCACUACAACAAGUCGAGACGGAUUUGGGCGAGCUAAAGGUUGCCACAGAAAGCAAUCUGGAAUACAACCUAGCAUCGUUAAAAUCGAGUAACUAUGUACUUCCCAGCAGCCCUUUAGACAAAAAGAAUCCUUCUUUCCAGUCAAGUGAUAAUGCAAAGACCAGGGCUGACCAAAUGAGAAUUGCUGCCGUUAUGUUGCAACAGUUGGAAAGCGCUGGAAAAUCUAAUUCGGAUCAAUCUUCCGCAAUUAAGGAAAGAAUAAUACAGUCAAUGAUUGAAAUCCAGGACCAAUUUGAAUCAAUCGAUUAUGAUAAGAUCAAUGAAUUGAAAGGAAAAGAAUCGAAUGCAGGAGAGAGGAAACUAGAAAAUGACUUCAAACUUGCAGAGGAUUGGAAAGCAAAAAAGCAAAGAAUAAGAAACUCAAGUAUUUAUGGGCAUCUUCCAAAUUGGGACUUGUGCUCUGUUAUCGCCAAAAAUGGAUCCGAUUUACCUCAGGAGGCAUUCGCUUGUCAACUCAUUGCUAUGAUUUCGAAUAUCUGGACUAAGAAAAAUAUUCCAUCAUGGACAAAGAGAAUGAAAAUUUUAAUCACCAGUGCAAACACAGGUCUAGUUGAAACAAUUACGAACGCCAUUUCGAUACACUCAAUCAAGAAAUCCAUGACAGAGUUAUCAAUAUCAGAGGGGGAUAACUCCCGAAGGAAAAUCAUUACGUUAAAAGAUUACUUCGAAAAAUUAUUUGGGGGACUCCAGACUGGGAGCUUUCGCAGAGCACAAAAGAAUUUUGCGAAAAGCCUUGCAUCAUAUUCGAUAAUUUGUUACGUUCUUCAAAUCAAGGAUAGGCAUAAUGGAAAUAUCAUGUUGGACAAUGAAGGACACAUUAUACAUAUCGAUUUUGGGUUUUUGUUAUCAAAUUCUCCAGGCAGUAUGGGUUUUGAGGCAGCGCCUUUUAAACUUACUAUGGAGUAUGUGGAUCUACUUGGAGGAUUAGAUAGUGAGUUAUUCCUUUACUUCAAGGACCUUUGCAAGCGGUGCUUUUUGGCUCUUAGAGAGGAAAGUGACCAAAUAGUGAAUAUGGUCGAACUUAUGCAAAAGGACUCCUCCUUGCCUUGUUUCAACAACGGUGAAAAUACUAGUGUGCUCAUGAAGCAAAGGCUUCAAUUACAAAUGAAUGAAGAGGAGGCAAAAGAUUUUGUGGAGAAUGUUUUGAUCGGGAGAAGCUUGGCAAGCAUGUACACCCGGUUGUACGAUCAAUUUCAAUUGAUCACCCAGGGUAUCUACACAUAA